AUGUCUGGCCAGGGUCGCUUGAGGAACAGAUACUCCUUGGGCCGUCUCCGAGAAAAAUUCCACUGGCGGUCACGUCCACAGUCGGGUGACAAUGUUGUAGAGAGGAUGCCAAAUGUGCCAACACCAAUUGGCAUAGAUGGUAGCCAGGUUUCCAAUGAGGGAAGCCUACAAUCUUCGCAAGCUGAUGAUCAUGCUCUUGAUGUCUCCAAUCAGGCCAGACAAAACAUCCGUCCCUCAACAGACGACCAAGUCCGAAUCAACGUCUCUGGUCUUAAGAAACCUGGAUGCGCUGAUCUAACGAGCGAAGAAAUCCUCAUUGGCAAGAGUGAAGAAGUCUAUCAACUCAUUGAGAUACUGAGGCGCCGAGGAUAUACCGAUAUCUGUGGCUUUCAAGGCGUGUCUUCCCGCUCCCCACCCGUAGGCCCAAUCACCCGUCUCGACUGCGAUCUCCCGGUUGAGGUCGUGACUGGGGAAUCAUGCUAUUCACUCUCGAAAGGUCUGAAAAUCAACGCGGACCAGACUCUUAUCGAUUUCUAUGAUCAAUUCGUGUCUGGACCCCGCUGUUCAGCUCCGCCUAUUUCGUCCACCGUUUGCUCGGACAGCAUCCUCGUCCGAGAUGCGAGAGAUUGUGAUGCUGCGAAGGGGCUGGAAAUCAAGUUUCACCGAACUCUGCGAGCACCUGAUGAUGGCAAGAUUUACCCACUGUCGACAGAUUUCGGGCAGGUCAAAAUGCUUCCCGUGGCAAGCUUGUCAACAAAACUACCGCCAGACACGAGCGCAGCGGGCGGGGCCUUGUUUCCACUCUAUCAGCGGGAGGCGGUUGUGGUUCAUUUCGACCGAACAAUCUCAGGGUGGAUGGAUCCUGAUGCCCCUGCGACUUUCGCCAUCAGAGCAUUUGAGGGACAUAUAAACUGUAUUACCGGCCGCCCCGAGUCAUUCGCCAAAAAUACUUCUGUUCAGGAUUAUGUUGUCUUCCCCCUCCAACAACGUCUCGAUGGCUGUGUAUCUCAGUCCGGUGGGACCAACCAGUUUGUCUCCCUGCCACUGGGAUCGAACAGCAGAUCUCCAUCGCAGGCUCCUACGAAAAUCUUGCGAUUCCAAGUGGCACCAAGGUAUCCAGAUGGCUGCAACUUCAUCAUGAGCGAUAAAAAGUUUCCGGGGCUGGACAUUCACGCAACUCCAAACCAACUAAGGCUCAAUGUUGGAACAUCAAUCAAGAUGGGUGGAAGUCUGCAUUGCCAGCGGAGACUGAAGGAGACUGCCUACAGGACCGCCUCUCUGGAGCUUUUCAAGAACGAGGAUCUAUACCCCUUCCCCAAAGACCACUGUCGGCCUACGUAUAUCUGGGAGCUCAAAGGCCUGAAUACGGGUAAAGACUCACGACAGCCAGAAGGAACUUGGUCUAUUAGCUCCGUGGGAAGUCUUUUGCUGUCAGCUGACUGGCUAUCCUUUGGUAUUUCUGGAACCCCAAACACCACCAUCCAUAUAUCUCCAUUCCACAAUUUGCAAAGUUUCAGAGCUCGGAUCAAAUCUCGAAUGCCGCAAGAAAGCCCGGCCUUCGAUCAUAACAAGCUCGCAAUUGAUGAGAACGUCCUUCUGGAAGACCCUGAUACCUGUAGAAUAGUCCAACACGGACUCCGCUCCAACAGCCAUGCGGGGACCCUCACUCUGACCAAAGAAACAAUUGAAACUCUGCAAAAGCAGGUUAACCUCUAUGGCAAGAGCCGGCGGCCUUUGUCAAGAUGGGAUGUCGGCCUCAUUGCUGGUGGAAGAGCAGGUAUGGACGUCCACGCUGAUGACAAUCCAAAAGCUUGGAAUUGGACCUGCUCUAGCCUAGUCACCGUCCAUAUCCUGAACCACCUCGCCUUUGAAGAAGUCACAUCAAUCGCGUGUCCGUCCACGCCAAUAGAGCUAUCCAGCUAUCUUACCCACAAAAUCCCUGUGUCCACCUUCAAGGAAGCUGGUGUGAGUCCUUCUAUUGACAACACGCGUGUUAUCCACGCCGGAAUCGUUAUGCAGAACGGGAGACAAGUGGCUUGCUUGCUCUGCGAGGAGAAUUUUUGCGAUACACUGUAG